GUAUUCUGUGUACCUUUUCAGUGUACAUACACUCAGUUAAAAUGCAGGACAAUGAUUCCACCAGGAGAAUGUCUGUAUGCUGGGAGGAAAAGACGGAAACCCAUCCAGAAACAGAGGCCUGCACUUGAGAAUGGGAAGUCUAAUCCUUCAAAGAGACAUAGAGACCGCUUGAAUGUUGAAUUAGAUCACCUGGCCAGCCUCCUGCCUUUCCCACCAGACAUAAUAGCUAAACUGGACAAACUCUCUGUCUUGCGUCUUAGCGUCAGUUACCUUAGAAUCAAAAGCUUCUUUCAAGGUGUUCAAGGGAAGUGCUUGAGAAAGCAAGCUGGUCAUGGGAUAAAAGAAGUUGGUAUACCCAAGGAGCCUUCCAUACCAGAAGGAGGAUUCUUACUAGAGUCACUGAGUGGUUUUGUUCUGGUGGUGAGUCCUGAUGGAAUGAUAUUCUAUGCAUCACCAACAAUUGUGGAUUAUCUAGGAUUUCACCAGACUGAUGUAAUGCAUCAAAAUAUAUAUGAUUACAUUCAUGUGGAUGACCGGCAGGAUUUCUGCAAGCAAUUGCACUGGGCCAUGAAUCCACCACAACUCAUUUCUGGACAACACAUGCAGACAGAGACAGGAGAAGAAUUCAUUCUUAGUAAAAUGUUUAAAGCACAAGAGAGUAACAGUAUGCCAUCAGACUUUUCAUCCUUUUUAACUCGGUGUUUCACUUGCCGAAUCCGCUGCCUUCUAGACAGUACUUCUGGCUUCCGUACAAUGCAUUUUCAAGGUAAACUGAAAUUUCUCUUUGGACAAAAGAAGAAGUCUUCCUCAGGAGCAAUAUUACAUCCUCAGCUGUCCUUAUUCUGCAUAGUGGUACCAUUUCUGCUUCCUUCUGUGACUGACAUGAAGUUAAAAAGUCUUUUAGUGAAAGCAAAAUGCAAAUCUGAUCAAGCAGCCGCAACAAACACAAACUCAAAGGCUACUUCUAGAGAGUGUGUAGCUGAUUUUCAAAGAAAUGUUUUCCAAGAAGGAAAGAAUAAUAGAGAAAGUGGUAUUUCUCUGAAGAAAUUGCAAGCAAAUGAAGACCAUUGGGUUUGGAUACAGGCCAGUACUCAAGUUCAAUACAGAAAUGGUUCUUCAGAAUAUGCCAUUGCUCUACAGCAAACUCCCAAGGAAGACUGUCAUCAGAAGAUACCAAACAGCACCGCAAACAUGAAAAGGAAUAGGGAAACACUGGGACAGAUGAAGUAUAAUAAGUGGACCCCAAAGAAAAAAGAACAGGAUCCCAUAAAAGUGAAGUUUGAACCUAGUACGGAUGAAGAAUGUUUUAUUGAGCAAGAAUUUGUCAGUCCUACUGUGUCGCUAUUUGGAGUUCAACACAGUAACAGGAAUGGCAUUUGGACUUCAGUGAAUCCAUCAAGUUCUUGUUCUAGAAGUCAGUGUAAUGAGAAUACAUGUUCAAACAAAACUCCUAGACCCUUCUACAAUAGAGACCAGUGGCCCUUGAGUUUAUCAUCAACCUGCCCUUCCCACUGGGGUGGCAUAGAAAAUUGCCAGCCUUAUCCAAGCUUGCAGCAAUUCAGAGGAGAAGAUUAUUCAGGAAAAUACAUGAAAUUGCGAUGUCCACCAGUAUCCUCAGAAACUCUGUUCAACACGGGGUUGGCCCAUAACAUGCUGUUCAAAUCUGAAUACGAUUCAGAUUCUGAAAAUAUAGCUUAUAAUUAUGCUGUUUCACCAAGCCAGGUUUGGAUUGAUGAAAACAGCACAAUGAAAAAGCAGUCAUUCUAUUUUCCUACUAGGAUUCACCUUAAAACAGAACUAGCCUUUAGUGAGCAUCUUUCUCCUUGCCACAACCCAAAGCAUUGUGUUAAUCCACCAUAUAACUGGCAACACAUUGCGGCGCAUCAUAACUUCAGUAGAAAUGGAACUAGCAAAGGUGUACAUAACAAGGACACAACUCCUCUGGGUCCCCAGAACGCCAUCUGUGUAGAAACAAUAGAGGGUAUACAAGACAAACAUUGUAAUGAAUUUUAUAAUCCCAGUUUAGUAGAAGAGAGAGGACUGAAUAGACAAGUUCUGAAAACACAGUGUGAAUUUAAAAAUCGCAGUUUUAUUCAGACGAUCAAACAUGAGCCCUUAGAUUCUGCUUUUAUGUCUGACAGCGGUGAGAUUGGAGUGCAAACUACUUUCCCUGAAACUGCAUUAGCAGGUUUUCAUCCUCAUAAAACAAUGGGAAGUGCAUUUUCACAACAAACUGUGUAAUAUGUUAGAGUGCUUCCAGAUGUUCACAGCAGCCUCAGCAGUGCAGAGAUCAGACAAAACAGGAAGUGCCUCAUUAAUGGAGCACUUCCCAUUGCAGGGAUUCAAGGAUCUAACAUUAUUUUGGUGCAAUAUGGUGGUCUAAUGGUUGACCCUCCUUAACAUAAGGACUGUGUGUGAUACGUAUUCACAGUGCUAAUCAUCCACAAAACAUGACACAUAGAAGUGCCCAUAAUAUUCAUAAAAAAGCAAUGCACAAUACAUUGCUGAUAAUUUCCUACUGCGAUACAAGGGCAAUAUAAGAGUUUUUUUUAAGAGGAAGAAAAUGUUUGCAUAAAACUACAUAGCAAUUAAUUUCUCUUGACCAAUAGUAGUCAUACCACCUUUGGCUCCCACAUUAUUUAAACAUCUCACUUGUGCUGUUCAAGAGUUAUAAAGAUAUAGUCCCAUAUGAGCAAUGGGGAUGCAAAAAGCAUACUUCUUCCUCAAUACCCAUCUUGUAGGGUUCAAGAGACCCUAGGAGGAGAAAGAGAGAAGGUAGUAUCAGGAGAAACUGUGGGCUCAUGGCAGAGAGUUUCUGGAAUCCUAACCAGGGAUGGAGCAUGAGGGAGGAUGAAGGAAUGGUAGGCUGCAUGCAUACCAUACAUUUAAUGCACCCCCCCUAAAAAAGAAUCUUGUGAACUGAAGUUGGCCCCUCACAGAAGUACAAUACCCAGCACCCUUAAGCUACAGUUACCAGGCACCUUGGGGGUGGGAAAAUGCGCUUUAAAUGUAUGCAGCCCUAGGCUGCAUUCAGAUGGCACUUUAUUCCAUCUUCCCAACAUUUCCUAAUCUGUUAACUUUCACAUUUUUUGUGAUCUUUCAACACAAUGUUAAAUCCAUUUCUGAAAAUCUAGUAGAAUCUAGCAGAAGUUUAGUGUUCAUGUCCUGUUAAUUGUUUCCAGGGGAAAAAAAUCUGCAGCCAUUUGUAUCUGGAACCCUGAUCCUAUGGAUAUAACAAAUUACAGUGACAUAAAUUAUGAUUAGCAUUAUAGUAACCUACUGUUUCUGCUUAUGCUACUCAGAAAAGCCCUAUUUGUUUCCUUACUGUUGGAAAUAGCUGGUGCUCUCCUGCUCUUAUGAGUGAUGAGGGCAGAGAUUAAGUCCAACUAACUGUUAGCAUUGCUUCUACUGUUUUAGUAUGGAACCAGCAGAAAAACUUGAAGCCAGACCCUAUGCACUCUGGAGAUGGAGUAUGAGCCAUAAUUUUGAACUGUAAAACUUGAUU